UCUUGCAGUCUGAAACUUCCGUCGGCUUGAUUCGGAUGACGCCUUUCGUGCAAGAUUUCUCAGAAAAUGUCUGAGACUAAGCAUAACCAGCCCGACCAGUAUAGGGGCUGGCUUUAUAAGUGGACGAACUAUAUCAAAGGGUACCAAAAGAGAUGGUUUGUUCUCCAGAAUGGCCUCCUUUCGUACUACCGAAACAUGGCUGAGAUGGCCCAUACCUGCCGCGGGACAAUCAACCUUGCCAAUGCCAUUAUUCACACAGAAGACUCAACUAAUUUUGUAAUUUCCAACGGAGGGACCCAGAGCUUCCAUUUAAAGGCCAGUUCCGAGGUGGACAGACAGAAAUGGGUGACAGCACUGGAAUUAGCAAAGGCCAAGGCUAUCAAUUUGAUGGAAUCAGUCCUUGGAGUUGAGGAUUAUGGGAGCUGGCUGGUUUUGGGAAAUGGUGCAUGUUCAUAUGAAGAAGACGAAGAAACACACAGUCAACCGGACAAGAAUGAACUCCAGAACACACUACGAACACUCACGUCUAAAUUAGAGGAUUUAAACACAUGCAAUGAACUUAUCGUGAAACAUGGCGCUGCUCUCCAAAGGUCACUGAGCGAGCUGGAGCAACUGGACAACCCAUCUGAUGCUUCAUCUAAAAUCAAGUCCAUUAAUGAACGUGCUACACUAUUUAGAAUUACUUCCAAUGCUAUGAUAAAUGCCUGUGCUGAAUACCUUGACCAUGCCCAAGCUCAAGGCAAACGAUGGCAGAAGACGCUGCAAUACGAACAUGAGCAAAGGUUAAGACUGGAGGAGAUGGUCGAGCAGCUCGCUCGGCAGCAUUCUUCCUUUGAAAAACAGGCCCGCAAGUCCUUGGCUGCAGCAUCUGUGGGCAAGAUGGAGGGAAGUCACGCCCAGGGAUUAUUACAAGUUAUAGCAGGGGGUCCACCCCUAUCGGAAGAUGAAGAUGAUGAUUUUUAUGAUGCGUUGGAACAUAAUGACAUGGAAGAAAUCAAGGUGACUCUUCCUGAAAAGAAAAAAACACACAAGCGAACGGGCAGUGGUGUGAGUAUAGAUAGUUUAGGAAGGAACCUGGGUCAGAUUGACGACUAUGAUAGUAGCGAAACAGAUUCAGAAGCGGUGGAGGCCAGAGUGAUCAUGAGUAAGAAGAGAAGUAGUGCCAAGUCGAGGGACUCUGCUAAAUCCCAAAUAAGGACACCUAGCCAAGAUAGUGACAAGUUUAAAGGAGAGAAAGGUUCAGAAAGUAGUGGCUCAGGAACACCUUCGACUGUUAGUAAAUUCGGCAACCAGCCAAAACGAAAACGAAGGACGACGAUCAUGGAGAAACCUAACUAUAGUAUUAAUCUGUGGAGUAUUAUGAAGAAUUGUAUAGGCAAAGAUCUCUCAAAGAUUCCUAUGCCUGUUAACUUCAGUGAACCCUUGUCCAUGCUCCAGCGGUUGACUGAGGACUUUGAAUAUUCGGAAUGCUUGGAUAGAGCAGCCCAAUGUGAAGAUGACUGCGAACAGCUUGCCUACGUCGCUGCAUUUACGAUAUCAUCCUAUUCUACCACCACGCAGAGGACUGGCAAACCAUUUAAUCCACUGUUAGGUGAAACGUUUGAAUGUGAUAGGACAGAUGACUUUGGCUGGCGAGCGCUUGCUGAACAGGUCAGUCACCAUCCACCAAUGGCUGCCCAGUACACUGAGGGUAGAGGUUGGACUUGUUGGCAGGAAUUCACAAUGUCUAGCAAAUUUAGAGGGAAAUAUUUACAAAUUAUUCCUUUAGGAAUUGCUCAUCUAGUCUUCAAGAAAACUGGCAACCACUACACGUGGAGGAAGGUGACAACAACAGUUCAUAACAUCAUUGUUGGCCGACUGUGGGUUGAUAACCAUGGAGAGAUGGACAUUCUCAACCAUAAAACGGGUGAUAACUGCCACCUCAAGUAUUGUGCUUACAGUUACUUCUCAAGAGAAACACCCAGAAAGGUAACUGGUGUGAUCACAGACCCCAAUGGUACUGCUCGAUAUGUGCUGAACGGAACGUGGGAUGUUCAGAUGGAAGGUGCUCCAAUCGUUAAUAGCACCGAGUCCAACAAAGGCAAGCCAGUCUUUGAAACCGGCCCUAGUAAACUUCUCUGGAAGAGAAGGAUGCUACCGCCUGGAAGUGAGAAGAUAUAUUUCUUCACCUCGCUCGCCGUACAAUUGAAUGAACCAGAAGACGGCGUGGCCCCAACUGACUGCCGCCUCCGGCCUGACCAGAGGAUGAUGGAAGAUGGCCAAUGGGAGGAGGCCAAUAAGGAGAAAGUUCGCCUCGAGGAGAAGCAGCGCGCUAUGCGGAGGAAGCGUGAGCAGGAGGCAGAGAAAUCGGCUGCAGAAGGGAAGUACUGUGAAAGUUACGAACCCAAAUGGUUUACCCAGCAGAAAGAUCCACAGACUGGCAACAUGAUCCACAUGUAUCAAGGCAAUUACUGGGACUGCAAGAGCCGUGCAGAUUGGAACUCAUGUCCGGAUAUAUUUUGAUCGGCACUGCCAAGUUCCAUUGGUUAGAGUGCCAUUAAACCUGUGAUUUAAAUUGGUGCAUUAUUUUUUUCCUAUUUUGUCCUAUGUGUAUAUGAUGAACCAAGAUGGGCAAGUUGCAUUUUGUAAAACUGCAUGCUGUGGCAGGAAGUUGAAUGAGAAGACCCUUUAUGGUGGUGGCUUAAUAAGCCUGACUAUAUAAAUCGAGUGGGUAGUGAUGUACAACCAGGUGGCUUUACAAGUGCAGGUGUGGGUGUUAGAGCGAGCCUUUCGCAGUGCCACAUUAGUUUUUGAUACAAGCUUCAUACUGUGGCUGAUGAAUAAGAACUGGUUUGGUUUGGAAAAGAUUUGUUCCCUCAAGACCUUGAUGAAAACAAAGUUGUAUCUACUUGUGCUACUGAAAAAAAUCGCUCAAUUCUUUUAACAAGUGGAUGAAAGUCUUGUGAUACCAUUUAAUUAUUAAUUAGGGAGCCAAAUAAACCUUAUUAAUCUCCAGUUAAUGCCCUUUCAUAGCUGCCCAUUAGAACCAACAUGGCUUGUAUCAAAACACUAAGAACUUAUUUGUGAUGAAGAUGUUCUCUGAUUACAUUAUCUUUAGAGUAUCAACAUUUGAACUACUCCAAUACAAACUACGCUUGUGGACUACCGGAUGGGGGUGAUUUCAGUAGUCGUUGUCAUAAUUGCAGAGUAGUAAAUUUUGCCUUCAGUUACCUUUCCCUCUUCUCUCCUGUAGCCAUUGUUUUUUGCCGAAACCGUUUCCAGUUACCCUUUAUAUCUUGCACUCAAAUUAAAAGAUAGAGUGACUCAACCACUUUCUUGAUUACUUUACAGACAGUGGCCCGGAACUGGCCAAUAGUGGUUACACACUGGCCACCUGGCAGGAGCUUUACGUAGGGACAAUGUAUAAAACAAAAGUUGGUCGUCGAUUUUCAAACAUGGAUUAUUUUAUUGAAUUAAAUCUGCUUGUCCAUACUAACAAUCAAAUUUGUGUAAUUUAUGACUGAAACAGACAACUCAUAUGAAAAACCAACUGUUAGAAAAAAAUUUGCGUCAUUAAAACACUAAAACUUAUUCCUAGCCGAAGACCAAAAUCCAAGUCCAAAAUUCUGGUCAAGGAUUACAAAAAUAAAAUCGUUUACAAUUAGGCCCCCGGCAGCAGGUGCCUCAGUGCCACCAAGCAGGGCCUAAUGGUAUUAGGCUAACUUCAAGAGGCUAUUUUCUUGGCCUCUACCAAUGAUUAGGCACACAUUUCUUCACAUUCUGACCGCUUAUGAGGUCAUUGGGGGAACUUUAAAUGGGAGAAAAGGGGAAAAUCUACUAUAGGUAGAAUCACUCCUCUGCAAUUGUACCCCCGUCCAGUAGUCCACAGUGCUCAUUAAAUAUGUGGAGAGCAUGGUUGCACAGUGAAAAAUCGUCCGAUUUGUGAUUGGAUUGUCAUGAAUUUGAGACACCCUGAUUCUACUUGGGAUGAAAAUCAUUUGGAUUCAUAAUUGUGUAUCAUAAUUCUAGUAAUUAUUGCAGUUUAAAUUGCACUUUGUUUAAUUAGGAACAAACGCUAUCGAUCAAUUGGUAAAUCAAUAUCCAAAGCUGUUAAAUUGAUAAGGUAUUUAAAUAGAUUGAUCUGGAUUGUAAUUACACAAGAUGAGACUUUGUCGUAGAAUUGGUCUAAAAUCAAUGCAAUCCCAGAAUAAUUCUUAUAAUCAGCAUUAAAUUCACACCUCACGGUACUAUUUUAGGGCUUUCUGGUUGAUAGAUAUUCUUUUAACCAUAAUCAUUGUGCUAGGUUUUUUCUGGAAUGUGUUUGGUUGACUUUCAAUAGCUAUUGUUCCGCUACCAAAAAUGUACAUUUGUACCUGGAUAUAUGUGCAAUUUAGCUGAUUUGUACUAACUCACAACAUUAUCUGUGGGCCGGUAUUCACAAAUAGAACUCGAUGGGUCGGAUAACAAACCUCUUCCUCAGUAGGACACAUGUUCAAACUAAAGAUAUUACAAUUCUGAGGAACUCACCAAAAGUGCCCCACAAACAUGCGAUUUAAAUCCCUGCGAUCACAUGCAACAAAAUUGCUUGUUUGCGGUGGUUAUUGCAGCUGUCUGCAACAAGCGGUCUGCCAUCAAUAUCAAACUCCGCAAUUGUCAGUUUUGUCUGCAGACAAGUCUGGCGAACAAUAAUGUGCUUUUCCCGCCUUAUUUACCAUGAGGUAAUUUUGGGUUGGUAUUUGUAUAGCUUUUUGCAGGUUGUGGCUUCUUAUGAUGUAGAUAUUAUCUCAUUGAGAGUUGAAUGGACUCAAUUUGUACAAAGAAAUCUACCAUGUGAUGUUGAAAUGUAAUGUCAUUGGAUCUCUCAUGUUAUAUCACAUGGGGAAACAAAUUUUAUAUAUAUCCGAAUUUUUAGUUUCACAAAAUUCAGAUCUAUGCAAAAUUAAUUUUCCCAAGAAUUCUUCCAGUUGAUUCUGAGAAUCUAUCACGGUUUCUAUGAAAUAUUCAUGUAUUAUAAACAGCACAGGAGCUUUUGUAUACUACUCAUAUGGCCAUUUUCUGGUUGUUCACUAUAGAGGAUUGCCUUGUCGCCAUUAACGAAAUGUGUCGCUACAGAGCUUAAUUGUGUAAGUACCAGCACGGAUAUUUUGCUGCACCGUUCUAUGUGAAAAAUUGCGAAGGAAGCAUUUGGCUUCAGGUGGUACUGGUAUUCUAAAAAUUCAAUAUCAAAGUUGCCAUGAUUUAUUUGUGAAACAUGCCCACUGACUAAAAUGAUUAAAUGUUGGCUCCAAGUGAGCUGACGUAUUUGCUUUUAGCAAACAUUGUCAUUAAUUUCAUGCUAUCAUUAUUAUCACCACAGCAGUUGGUUGGUAGAAUUUGCUUCUAUUUGGGUUUACUGGUCCUAUGCUUAGAGGUAUCCACAUUUUCAAUAGCUUAUGUAGAUGUCACUAUUAAUCGACUGAAUGUUAAGAUGUGUAUUCAUGGCCUAUUUGGUCAAACUGUGGAAUAAAUUCACGAGGAGAGGUUGCUCUACUCCACUGACAUAAAGUUUUUAUAAUCUUUCGUAUCACACUGGAUGAAGUAUCCUACAAUGUAUACAUUCAGUCUGCUUGGUGUCGUGUAUAAAGUCGGGAGAAUCUUCAUCAUUUAGACAAAAUAGAAAUUAAUGGUGUUUGUGCACUGUACAAAGUAAUAAGCUUUCUUCAGCUCUCUAAUUUUUUCAUCACUUCUUUACCAUAUAUCAUGUAAAACCUUAAAUUUUUGUUACAAAUUUAUUUGGAAUGGUAAUGGCAAAAUAAAGCAAGGCAAAAAUGUACAUUUUUACAAAAUGUAAGUAAAGGUAUUAGCAUGAUGAGAAGUGGUAUAGGAUGGUUUCAUCUACAGGUGAUAAAUUUUAUCUUUGCGUGGAAGGGUACAUUUUUUUCUGUCUGUGGGAGAUGGACUGGAUGAACAGUUCUAGUAUGUUAUUGUUUUGUGGAAAUGAUCUUGGGUUGGUUGAGUCAUUCGUGAAUCAAUAUUGGCAGUCUUCCAAGUUCAUCCACCUAAUAAGGCUAUUGUUAGAAUCCAAGCGAGUGUCUUUACAGAUUCCUUUCAUAAUUUGUAGUUGUAUCCUCAAUUCUACUCUAGAAAUUAAGGUUGCUAAACUGAUAUCCGUAUUUCCCUUAUAAUCAAAUCCUCAGCAGAAUUAUAAAAGUUCUAGGACAAAGUUUAGUUACAAGUACUGUUCCACCUCAAUUGUGACUCAACCUAUAUGAUACAUUUGGUCAUUUUGACACUGCUGUUCGAGCCCAGCUCUUGUCUUGAAAAUAACUCCUGUUUUAUAAUCUGUAUCUUUUGUGAGGAACAUGCAAAUAACAUUGCCGUCCAUAGCCUAGUCUUCACCUUUGUGUAUGUUUUACAGUGUACUAAAGAUGCACUGACCUUGGGUGAUAUGAAUAAAGACCAAUAAAUGCUUUUAUUGAACAUCUCAUGUGCAUUUACACGACGGAAUAUCUUUCUGUACUAAACAGAGUCUUUAUUCAUAUCACUGUUUCGCAUGCGCUUUAUAAUCUUGGGUGGAAACUGAUGAGUGUUGGAAAACAUGAAACUGUCCUAGAUUUCAGGAUGAAAGUGGAGACGUUUUUCAAAACGCCUGAGGAAUCUUAAAAAUCCUUAAAACCUGAAAAAAAGAGUGUCAUCCAUUUCUUUGUAUUGUUAAGUAUGUAGUGGUACGACUAGUCAUUUAUGUGGUCUUGACUAGACUGGUUUCUAAUUGAGUAUGCACGGGCAUGUCUCCCUGUGUGAAGGAAUAGUUUCCCCUGGAUGUACUGGGAUUAGCAUAAUGUGCUGUCUUAGAGGUUUCACUGUAUGACUGCUUUGUAGAAUAUCUUAUAGACUGUAAAGGUAUAGACAUUAGGCAAAUUAUUGGAGGUGGAUGCUGCAAGACUAUUUCCUAGGUUAUUGUGGUGGUUGACUAUUGCCUUGCAGGCCCCAGUUCUUUCAUUAGAGAGUUGGGUGGUAGACUUUGAAUUGCCUUGAUAUAAUUUGUACUGCUGUCAACGUGGAAAGCAGUGGACUGUGAAAUUCUCCACAUCAAUUUCCCUUCAUUACAUGUUAAAAUUAACAUUGAAAUGUUAAUUUUUUUAAAGCUCAGUGUUUGUUAUCAAGAAUAAGUAACGACUGUCUUGAUGUUACCUUGUAUGUAUGUACAGAAUAUCCUCACUAUGCGCUCCUGGUUGUUUUCUAUAGCACCCCAUAGUGCAGUUAAGUUUUGCACUCAUCUUGGCCAGAUUCACACUAAUGAGGAUUUGAGUUGGAGGCUUUUGUCCCCAAACUCCAAAUUGAAGUGUAAGUGUAGCCGUUUGACAGUUAUAAUCAAUCAAGGAAGUUUGUUUCAAAAUGUGAAGGAAUCAAUUGUUGAACCUUAUGAAAGGCCUGUAUAGUCAUGUGGUGGCGAUCACUUCAUAAGUUCUUAGCCUGUAGACUACUCGGCCGUUCGAACCGUUCCAUAUCGGGGCCUUUUUGGUAUUAGUGCAUCCGGCAAAACCUCCGUCUUCGCUGCCACCUCAGUUGGUGGGUAGCAGGCGACAUACUAUUCAGCAGUAGAGCUGAGCCAGAUCAUACCAAACGAGACACACAAAGGUCUAUUAUAGCGACCACUGAAGCGGUCGGCGGUAAACACGGAUAUUUGAUUGCGACCGCUAGAGCGGUCGGUCUCAAUCCUCAAUUGGCAUGCCACGGUGUGGAAGAUGAGUGGUUGUGCCCGCUGAUGUCACGGAUGUCACAAUCCUCUUUCGACUUCUAUGCCAAGCUGUUUGCUCACUGUGUGACAAGUCAUUAUCGUGCGGCCAAUAAGCAUGAUUUGUAUUCUUUGUUGACAAAUUGUAUGUCCCCCAAUUUCAGUUCAUCAUAGAACAUGGUGGCAGCUGGCAAGCUGAUUGUCAAGCAUGUCACCAUAUUUUCAUUCAUCAAAAAUGUUUGCAAUAAGAUGAAUAGCAUUUUGGAGCAAAGUUUUGUAUGAGUGUUUUACUGAGGACACCCUGUAAAGAGAAUUGUGACCCUAGAUUGCAAAAUGAGCCACAGUGACCAGAAAAUGCAAAUUGAGCAUUUUUGCAGUUAAAUUGUAAAUUUGACGGCAAAAAGAAAUGGUGCAGAGUUAUGUAUAUUCCAUUACAUAACAAUUUUCAAGUGCAUUUUGCUGAGUAUGCUUCUUGGCGAUAUCUUACUCUUUCUGGUGUUAUUGAGCACAGAUGCGUUCCAGGCUACUAAACUCAUUUUAGUUACCAGUAAUGUAAAGAUAAUAUGUGUAUUACACUAUAUUCAUGUAACCAUAGUAACUGGGGUCCAGGGUCCAGUUGUUAGAAAGCACAUUUGCUUGUAACAUUGUGGUGACAUGUUGUUUUAUCUACUUUAGUGUACCUAGAACGACAUGUCAACAGGAUGUUACUUCUAACAACUGGACCCAUGUUCUUUUUGACCUGUGUGUAAUCUGAUCCAAGUUGGGUUGGAUAAUUUAGGUUUGAUGGACUAAGAAGCUUUUCUAAAGUGUUUCUAUGAGUGUAGUAUUUAAUUAGAUUGUGGGAAGAAGUAGAAUGGGGAAUUGUUUGCCUUGCUAGCUCAAACCAAAAAAUUGUAGACUAAGAUUAUGCUGUGCCCUGCAGUCUGGUUCAAAUUACUUAAAGAACACAUUGUAAAGAACUGACAUUGUUGUGCUACUUGUGUUUUUAUGGAGAAUUUGCCAAAAAUUGGAGUGUUUCUCACUAAAUAAACAGCAUAAAGAUAUUCGAGAAAUUCUUCCGUUUGCAUGACUUACUGGAAUUGUUUGCAUCUCAUCAGCACGAAGCUGAAGUUUUAAAAAUAGCAAAGUAUUUUUGAGGACAUUGCCAUCAUGAGUUUGCAAGCCCAUCAUCAUUCAAAUCGAAAACUUCUGUGCUUUCUGCUGGGAGGAGCUUCUUUAGCGAUUCUGAACUCCCUUUUUUUAUGAUUCGUAAAACAUCAUUGUAAAAUUUCAUGAGUGAAAUCAUAAAUCUGUCUGCCGCAGACUAUCAUGAUUGUAAUUUGUUACAUGUCUUGCAAAAAUAAAGGUAUUUAAAGGAUAUGAUAACCACAAGCAAAUUUUGAGAGUUUAUCUGGUAGGCUUGUAGUUACAAUUACUGUCUUGUCCUCUGAGGUUGUUUUGACUUGAUUCUGAUCGAUUCAAGAUAAUCAAUCUGUGCAUUGUAAAAUUCAUCAGUUGCAAAUUGAAAUAUAUGUGGGUUUCAUACAAGAUGAGA